AUGGCUUUCCACGCGCCUGUCGCUGUCCGUAAGGCGGCCUCGUUCGCUUCUGAGUCCAUCCCCAUCAUGUCUACCGUUCUGAGGGCCCCGUCCCAAGCGCUUGGCCACCCGUCUACAUCUCUGGGCAUCAGACAAUUCCAUGCCGCGCGCCCAUCAUUUCGGUCUGCGCCUGUCAUUUCUGGCCCUCUAUCUUCAGUCCCAAGACUUGGACUAGGCAACCACCCGUUGGCUCGAUCCGCGCCCUUCUCCGCGCUCCACGCACGACACCUGCCGACUACAUCUCGCAAUGGUCCUCUCUCCCAACUCCGCUCGCUCUCUCGGCCCGGCCUGGUUGGCUUGCAUCGUAUCCAGCAGCGAGGGCUGUUCGGCGGCCCUUCGCAAGACCAGCUCGCUCGGCUCGAAGAGGCGGCGCUCAACAAUCCAAACAGCGCUUCCGCCCAGGCCUCUUUCUACUCUGCUCUGAUGCGUGCCAACAUGCCGCAAAUCAUCGUCAACCGAUACAACACCGGUCAAUUCGCAACCAACGCCGCCGUGGAUAGACUCUACAACUCCGCCCUACAGAAGAUUGGACAAGCUAGCACUACGCAGGCUGGCCACGGCCUCACACCACAAGGUGUACAGUCUGUCGCUCAGGCUGUCGGUGCCAAUGCCAACGCGGCUCAGAUUGGCAAAGUCACCGGCGGCUCCGGUGUCAAGAGCGACCCAGUCUAUGUCGUAGUGGAGGAGUCACUUAUGAGUGUCAUCUUCAAGUGGGUUCGCUGGGCCUUCAGCUUCGCUCUGGCUGUCUAUGUCUCCCUGAUCCUCAUCACUCUCUUCGUCGAGACGAGCGGGGUACUCAAGAAGGUUGGCGGUGGAACCAGUGCUGAAGUCCGCCCGGAGCACCAAAAUACACGCUUCAGCGAUGUCCACGGAUGCGACGAGGCCAAAGAGGAGCUUCUCGAUGUCGUUGAUUUCCUCAAGAACCCUGAAAAGUACAACAAGUUGGGCGGUCGUCUCCCCAAGGGCGUCCUCCUGAUUGGUCCUCCUGGUACUGGUAAGACGCUUUUGGCGCGUGCAGUUGCUGGCGAAGCCGGUGUCCCCUUCUUCUACAUGUCCGGUUCCGAAUUCGACGAGGUCUAUGUUGGUGUGGGGGCCAAACGUGUCCGCGAACUCUUCACUGCUGCCCGCUCCAAAGCCCCGGCUAUCGUCUUCAUUGAUGAACUCGACGCGAUAGGUGGAAAGCGCAAGUCCCGUGAUGCCAACUACCACCGACAAACCCUGAACCAACUUCUCAACGAUCUCGAUGGCUUUGACCAAAGCACCGGUGUCAUCUUCAUUGCGGCCACCAACCAUCCCGAGCUUCUCGAUUCUGCCUUGACUCGUCCUGGACGUUUCGAUCGUCAUGUUCAGGUGGAGCUACCCGAUGUGGGUGGUCGCCUUGCCAUUCUCAAAUAUCACACCAAGAAGAUCCGCCUCAACCCUGACAUCGACUUGUCUACGAUUGCACGUGGUACACCUGGAUUUUCCGGAGCAGAGUUGGAGAACCUCGCCAAUUCGGCUGCUAUCCGCGCCUCGAAGCUUCAGUCCAAAUUCGUCACGCUAACUGACCUCGAGUGGGCCAAAGACAAGAUCACUAUGGGUGCUGAGCGCAAAAGCCGUGCAGUCCCACUGCAGGACAGGAUUCACACAGCUUAUCACGAAGGCGGCCACGCCUUGGUCGGUCUUUUCACCAAGGGUUUCAACGACGUUCACAAGGCAACCAUUCUUCCCAGAGGACAUGCUGCCGGUAUCACAUUUUUCCUUCCCCACGAAGAGCACCACCACACCCGCCAACAAUACAUCCGCCAGCUGCAAGUGUGCAUGGGUGGCAAGAUGGCUGAAGAAAUUAUCUUUGGGGCCGACAACGUAGCCGACGGUGCCUCUGGCGACAUUCAGCAAGCCACUUCCAUAGCAUACUCCAUGGUCACGAGCUGUGGUUUCUCCGACUUGCUUGGCAAUGUCGACUUCAAAUCUAAUUACGAAAUGGUCUCUCCCGAGACCAAACGACUCAUAGACAAUGAAGUCCGAAGGCUCAUUGACGAAGCUAAAUUGAGCGCGAGGGCAUUAUUAUUGUCAAAACGGCAAGAAUUGGACCGAUUAGCAGACGCAUUGGUCCAGUACGAGACGUUGGACAAGGAGGAGAUAUUGAAGGUGAUCAAGGGCGAAGAUCUACCCGGUCGGUUGAAGUCGAUGCCAGACGCGCCCAUCAAGAUUCCAGACAGUGGCCUCCCAGCCGUCUUGCCAGCACCCAGAGGUGGCGAUGAUGGCUCUGGUCCCCCGGGCCCCGGUCUCGUAGCGUGA